CAUCACAAGCACGCUAUCACGCUUUUCAGCAAUCUGGCAACGCUGCGCGGCAACGCUCGUGUUUGUUUACGAUGGUUCGCAUUAAAAAUCGCUAUAUAGCCGUACAGAUUGUACCAUAUGCACCGGUAAACACCCUACGCCUCAACGACCACACACUGUCCAAGUGCUUGCUGCAAAAUGUGGAGAAAUAUUAUGGAGUUUACGGAUUGGGUAUAUUGGAGCAUGGUUUCCGUGUGAAAUACUGCAAUGAGCGCACCAAAAUUGCAAUUAUACGUUGCCUGCAUCGUGGACAUCGCUAUGUGUCAAGCAUAUUGCCGUUGAUAACGUUGAUAGGCGAUGUGCGUGCCAAGUUUCGAACCCUUUACGUGGGUGCUACCAUUAUACAGUGCAACAAGUUUAUAAUCAAUCACCAGCGACAGUUUCUGGACCGCAUGAUGGGCCAAGUAGCAUCCGCUAAGGAACGUCAGGAUCUCUUCAAGCGCGUUAUGGAGCUCGAUAUGGACAGGUAGCAAAGGCAACUUUCAAGUUAUGUUCCAAAAUGAUUUAUGUAUACUUAAGAAUAGUACAUAGUUAUCUUAUAAAAUAUUGUUCCAAUUUGACUAAAAGUUAAAUUUAAA